AUGACCUCCGACGAGGUCACCAGCCUACAAAAUGAGCCGAGAACAGACAAGAAAGAUGUCAAAGAGCCAGACCGUAUAGGUUCUACUGGCAACCAGGACGAGGAGUCUGAGGAGAAACAUAGCAAUGGGGAGACUCACGAAUUGCCCGAGCUGCAGCGCAGGUUGAAGAGCCGACAUUUGCAGAUGAUCGCAAUGGGUGGUGCAAUUGGGACUGGUCUUUUCAUUGGCAGCGGUACUGCCAUUGCAACAGCUGGCCCCGUGGGUGCCUUGAUUGCCUUCAGCUUCGUGGGGUCGAUUGUCUAUUCCGUCAUGACAGCUCUGGGUGAAGUAGCUACAUAUCUACCAAUUCCAGGAGCAUUUGCUGCUUAUGCUACACGACUAGUCGAUCCGAGUCUGGGCUUUGCGAUGGGCUGGGUUUACUGGUUCUCCUGGGCGUCGACAUUUGCCCUUGAACUGACUGCGACCGGUCUGAUUAUCCAGUAUUGGGACGAGCAGAUCCCGAUGGCGAUUUUCAUUGCUAUCUUCUGGGUUGUGAUCAUCAUCUUGAAUAUGUUCCCAGUGAGCUGCUACGGUGAAGUCGAAUUCUGGCUCUCGAGCAUCAAGAUCAUCACAGUCGUCGGGUUCAUGAUCUUCGCUAUUUGCAUGAACGCUGGCGUCGGCAAAGAGGGAUACAUCGGAUUUAGAUACUGGAUGCACCCCGGUCCCUUCCAGCCUUACCUGAUCACGAACCCAGAGCAAGACGCCCUGGCCAAAUUCAUCGGCUUCUGGGCUAUUCUCAUCAAAGCCGGAUUCUCAUACCAAGGAACAGAGCUUGUCGGCAUCGCUGCAGGAGAAACAGAGAACCCAAGCAAGAAUGUCCCAUCUGCAAUUCGCAAAACCUUCUUCCGAAUUGUAUUCUUUUUCAUUUUCACCGUUUUCUUCGCUGGCAUCGUUGUCCCAGCCACAGAUAAACACCUCACGUCCAGCGAUGGAAACAGCGCCGACGCAAACUCAUCCCCCUUCGUCAUUGCUGCAAACCGCGCAGGCGUCAACGCCCUACCGAGCAUCAUCAAUGCGGUCCUGCUGACCGUGGUCCUCUCAGCAGCCAAUUCAAACGUCUACAGCGGUAGCCGUAUCCUAGUCGGCCUAGCAAACGAAGGCUUCGCACCCCGCUUUUUCCUCAAGACAACCAAGCACGGUGUCCCAUAUGGAAGCGUCGGCUUCACAGCCAUUUUCGGCCUAUUGGGAUUCCUGAACCUAAGCAAUUCAGGAAGCACCGUUUUCAACUGGUUGAUGCAAAUCGCCGGCCUGGCAGGCUUUAUCACCUGGUCCUCGUUGAACAUUUGCCAUCUGGCGUUUAUGAGAGCGUUAAAGGCACGUGGUAUCUCUCGCGAUACUCUUCCCUACAAAGCGACUUGGCAGCCGUUCUUCUCGUGGUAUGGUCUCUUCUUCAACGUCUUGAUUAUCAUCACCCAGGGCUUCACGGCUUUCAUCCCGACCUUCAGCGUCACAGACUUUUUUAUCAAUUACCUUAGUCUGAUUCUGUUCGCUGUCUUAUAUUUCGGCCAUAAGAUUGCCUUCCGGUCACAGGUUGUGAAGCCUAUUGAGGCCAAUAUUGAUACUGGUAGGUAUGAGCCCGAGUAUGGGGCUUAA